GAGAAGGAACCCCAGGAGGCUGUUGGUGUGAGUCGGAACCCACCCCAGCCAGGACCAGGUGCCUGAGAGCGGACGGAAGGAAAAGGCAGGAGAGGGCAGGAGACCUGGGUUCUGGUCCCAGCCCGGCCACUUGUUUUCUGGGACACCUUAUUAUGUGACAGGCUCGGCUGGACCUAGCUGUCCCUCUGCACAGCACACUGAUGAAGUCAGCUGACAAGUCUCAAUGCCGUCAGGGAUGUGAGCGUGUGUGUGAGGGAGAUGGGGUGAGGCAGUCAGGUGGCAGGGAGCACGGGUGACUGUGGCCAAAAGGUCAGCUCCUAGCUCCACAGGGGCAGUGUGGCUACAGCUCUGCUCUGGGUCACUCAGCCCUGGUCUGGCCUGCGGACCACCAUCUUUAGACCCAAAGAUCGGAUGAGGCCCGGGGCCACGGCUGCUCCAUGCUUCUGGACACGCAUGAUUCCAAAAUGGGUCGAGUAAAGGCCCACCUUACUCCUCAGGAAGUGGGGUUGUGGGCUGGCCGUGAUCUGGGUGGCUCUCCUGCUCUGUGACAAACGAGGUGUCCUCGUUUUGUUGUUUGUGCUUCCAAGAUCUGACAACUUUGAAAACCAAGACUUUUGGCAAAUGUACGGGGAACCUCACUCUCUGGCCAAACCAGCCGGACUCUCUGGAGAGGUCAUUUACGCUGGAAGUCGGCAGUCGGUGUUUUGCCAGGGGCCAGAUAGAUGGUCAGCGAUGCAGGCUUGGCCACACCACUCCACGCGGCUCUGGCAGGACUGGGCAAUAGCUGGGCUCCGUGAACCCUGUUCUACAAAACCAAGGGAGGCUGACCGCCCACCGCCUUGCAGUCUGCUGACCCCUGGUGCAGACCCUUUGGCAGGAACCAUUCACACACUUUGCUGCGGAAAUAUCAAUGGCCACUGUCUCCGACCCCCCUGGGGUUAUGGUGGGUUCGUGAAGACCCCUGUGUGCUUCUCCCCGGAUCCUGUGAAUAGGUGACCUUACACGGCAAAAGGGACUUUGCAGGUGAGAUUCCACCUGGGAGCUGGAGAUGCAGAGGUGACCCUGCGUUUCCAGGUGGGUCCCAGCAGGAGGGUGAGAGAUCAGGGACAGAGAGGGCAGGACACUGUGGUGACAGGAGCAGAGGCCAGCAAGGGAGGAGGGGGACCUGGAGGUGCUGGGCCCUCCAUUUGGAUCUGGAGUGACUGCCUGUGCUGGAGGUGAGGUCCCCUGACCUGGUGGGAGGCCGUGGAGCCCGUAGGAGGCAGGGCCUGUGGAAGGAAGUUAGGCCACGCCCUCAGGAGGAUACCAUGGCCCCUUCCCCUCUCCCCUCUGCUUCCUGGGUGCCAUGGAGUGAGCAGCUUUACCCCGCCAGAUGCUCCCUGCCUUAACGUUCUGCCUUGCCACAGGCCCCAAAGCCACCCCAGUCAACCACAGACCACAUGUCACCUCUGAGCCGAAGUAAACCUUUUCUCCUUAUAAACUACUGUUCUCAGUUAUUUUGUCACAGCAACAGAAAGCUGGCUGGCUCACCCAGGAUGCUGCCUCUCCUGGAUCCUCUCCUGGUUUCCCUUGUGCUCUGGGCCCUCAGGAGUGGACCACGUGGGAGCACCCACAGGGGACAGCUGAGGCAGGGAAGAGAAGGAGGUCAGGAGUGAUGUUCCAGAUUCCUCCCUGACGGUCACUGCAGGUGGGGGACACCCUCCUUGUAGCUCCUGCCAGGCAGCCCCGUUAACACAGCUCCCUCCAGCUCCAGGCUCUGGUGACCACUGUCCACCUCAUGGUUUUUAACCAAGAUGUGGUCAUGAUGCUAGGUAAGGGCACUGUCCCUUCUGGUGUCCCUACACCUGCUCACACUGGUGAGCUUUAAGUGACUGUCCCCAGGCUCCCCAGCUGUCUCCCACUUGCCUUCUGCCAGGACCCUCCCUGGUGACCGUGACAGUGGACCUUGCUAAAUACUUGCUGCACACUCUGCCACCACUAUGUCAUUUAACUCCCCAAGAGUCCCACGAAGCGGGUAGUAUCAGUGCCCCUGACAGCCGACGCACCUCAGGCCUGGGGAAAUCACAGUCACGGAGCUGGGAAGUGACCUCCAGGACCGCCCCCGCCCCCCAUGGGAGCGCAGACUCCCAUUUGGACCCUCAUGUGUCACCGUGCAGCUUGGUGGCUCCGCGGGCCUCAGCGCACCACGGCCUCUUCAGAUGCACCCCCCGCCCCCAGCACCAGUGAUUCAACAGCUCGUGCCCAUCUAUACCCGCGGAGAGCGGCCGGCGCUCCUGCUUGGAGGGCCUCACUCGGCAGCCGCGACCCGUCUAGUCUCAGGAGCUGAAGAAUUUCAAAUCAACCUUGAGCGUCUAGUCCACAGCGAGAGGGCGGCAGAUGCACGUGUUGUCAGCGCUGACCUUUGAGACCGAGAGCCCGCAUCCACGGGAGGAUGUCGCCUCUGCCCGACUCGGUAAGAGGCUGCUGUGCUCCAGAGGGUGAGGUUUGUGUCCACCAAAUGAGGACCACCAGAGACCCUUUAUCUUCACACUGACGGUUCUAUAAACCCUUGGCCCCUCUGCAAGCUGCGCAGAUCUGUGUGGCCUCAAAUUUCUUUUUCAAAACCUCCUUGAUCACCUCGCUCAUGCAUAUGGCCUUUGGCCUCCGUUCAGCAAGUCCUUAAGUCUACCUCAUCCCACCGGGACCUGGGGUGGGGGACACGCGAACUUCGCGAUGGAUUUUGGUGACACCCUCGUCCCUGACACCCUCUGGCUAGCCUAAGUGGGGGAGUUGCAGAAUACACAGGAGACGCGGUCGGCUCCUGGGGACAAGGCUUCAGAACAGGACCCAGGGUGAUGCCCGGUGCCAAGGAAGCUGGUAAGUGACCUGCUGUUCAGGACGUGGGAAGGUCCGACGCGGACGGCAGUGGCCCCACCAUGAACAUCUUCCUCUUGGGCUGCCCAGGACAAGCUGCUGGUGACUGCGGCUGGGGCCUGAUUGUCCCUCCCCUUCCUCUUCCCAUCCUGCCUCCACCAACCGGAGUGGAGAGAGGUGGCCCUCCAGUGGGAAAAGGUCACCAGCGAGUGUCCUCCGCAGAGGAUGCUCUGGGUACCCGCCUGUGUCCCCUUGGUCAGCCAUGGAAACUGCCCCUAGGUUUCCUCACACUAAUUGCCCUUCCCCCUGGCCAGGGAGCUACUUCCAACCAGCAGGAGCCAGGAUGUGGAAAUCAGUAACUCAGCUUCCUGUAACCUCAGGGUCUGAACAGGCCCCACGUGGUCUCAGAAGGCCCUCUGUGCCCCUGAGCUGCUGUCCACGGGGUCACCUAGGCAUUGCACUGGGGAGGGGACUGGCCUGCUACCUUCCAUGUUGCCCUCUCUGAAUCUCCUGCCAUCUUCUCCUAAAUAGACCACGAGUGCCACCUGCACCCAAGGACCUGCGCAGGAUCUGCCCACGGGACCCACAGGCCAGAUUCAGAAGGGGACAGUCGAGUCCCCCACAGGAAAUCGGGCUGCUGUCAGGUACAGGAGAUCCUGGACAGCCACAGACGGCAAGUCAUCAGCUCAUCCACUAACACCUGGGGCCAAAACCAAGCUUUUAAAGAUUUUUUUAAAAGUGGGAAAAAAAUCAGAGAUGUCCCCUACACACACUUUUAGCUUGCCAUUUUGAUUCACGAUGGAUAGGUGCUCAGCCACCGGUUUUGCAUGUCCCUAUGAAGGGGGCUGACUAAUGCACAGUAUACCCCACUGCCAAGUGCAGACAGGGACCCCACCCACCCCACCCCAGCUGGUCCCCAACCCUCAGUGGCCGACCUCGGGUCACAGUUCAGCUGUCAGCUCAACCAUUCUGCAAGAACAAGGGCAGCUGGCACGGCUGGUGGCACACGCCUGUCAUCCCAGCGGCUCUGGAGGCUGAGGCAGGAGGAUGCCCCCCAGCUCCUCCCCCACCGCCAUGGGAGCCCAGACGGCAGCCUGGAGUCAACAAAAGAGGGGAAAUGCCUCCCUGAGCCACCAGAACCCGGGAAAGCACAGCCAGGUGCUCACCACCAACCCGGAAAUUCCAGCUCAACACAAAAACACCAAACGCCCUGGUGGACGUGCCAGGCUCCCAGAAGACGAUGGGUGACAUCGCCAACCCAAACACGAGGCGCCGCCAAGCAGGAGCGGGGCCGUGCAGCCGUCCUGCCACCCCCCACAGACCCCCGUGAGUGAGUCCUCCGGGAAGGGCCUGGGUCGGAACUUCCAGGAUGUCUCUCUCAUUCCCCAAGAGCCCCGGGGUCACAGGUGCGCCUGUUGUGAAUGACCCUGGCCCAGGGCUCCAAGGCAGAAUGACGUCAUCAUGACCUGGGAAAGCAGCCCCUAAAAAUAGACACUCAUGAGGGCUUUUCUCUUCCGGGCAAAUGAAAAUGACAGAGACAUUUGGAAAGUUCUAGAAACUCGUAUACAACAGCCAGGGCUCAGGUCCAAACCUUGGCCGCUCGAGUGUGCGCCGACUCUGGCACCAAGGACAGGAUCCCUGGGCACCACCGUUCUCUGGUCUAUAAAAUGCGGACUCCCGGGAAAGCCCACGGGACCAGACACGAUGCUUUGCAAACAGAAGAGAGUCGUAUUUCAGGGUCAGAACCCAAGGCUGAGACAGCCGGCCGCCUCCACCCAGGGCAGUGCGUGAUUGAUUGGCAGCUGUCACCCCGAGGCGUCCUGGCUGGGCUUGGCGUGGCCCUUCUGCCUCACUGUUGUGACACCUCGGCUCACAGGCUUCGGCAAAGCCCGUGAAGCACAGUAAAAAUGUAAAAACGGUUGUUAAAAGUGUCCAUAAAACCCGCUUCAUCGUCCUCUUAUUUUACGGAACAAAUCACAUUCCAAACCACUCCAGGGAACAGGACUGCAAAGAUAAAUGUCGACAAGUCAAGUCUCUUUUUUUUUUCCCCCCGACGCAGUGCUAACCACCCAAUUUAGAAGUCCCCAGGCAUCUCAUGACUGAGCCGACAGAAGGCCACCUGCAGCUCCUGAGCUCUCGCCCUGCAGGAGGCCCAACCACCUCGGCAGGUUCCCUCACACUGGAUUUUCCCGGGUCCCGUGACAGGUGGCAUUACCAUGCCCAUGUCACAGUGGGGGACACCGGGGCCCAGAGAGAGACUGGUCAGGGGAGGAAGCUCCUCCGUCCUCGGCUGCUUAUCCACUGCUGAUCCGCGUACCUGCUGUGGACGGGGCUCAGCACCUCCCCUGCCCCACGAGACAUGGCCCGCUGGACGGCACAGUGACCCGUGCCCUGCAGGGCCUCUGCAGACACGCCAGGGGCCACCCUCGGCCACAGCAACAGGGCCUGACACUCACGCCCACUCCUCUAGAGCCACCAGUUAGAGCUCCCUGCCGGAACCCGUCUGGUCCACGUCCUCGGCCCAGUGAAGGCGCUGGCCGGUGUCUCGUCUGACCUCCUUGCCGGGGUCCCCUGGCUUUGCAUGGGUGGCCUCCAGAUGUGUGUGGACCUCGGGGUCUGCAGCUAAAACUACUUUCCCACGGUGGUCGUGGAAUGGAAACUGAGAAUUACAGAGGUCACUCGGCUGGGCCCCCACUCAGCAGGCCUGGUGUAUGUCCUCCGCCACCGUUAAAAUCAAAGGGCUCCUUCAGAAGAAGUGAAAGCCAGACGCUCCGGGGCUCCCACCUUCUCCAGCUGCUCCGAGGACCCCAGCGUGGGAAAGCCAGUUCCCUCCGGCUUUCCUGGGAGCAGGAGAGGAGGGGACAACUUGAACCCCUGUGUGUCCGGCUGCUUGGACAGGAGCCUGCAGGGAAGGCCAGGAGCUGCAGAGGCCCCGGGGGACUUGGACGGCCAGGCAUCUCAGUGUGCGGGGACCAGGGGUGGGGCAGGGUGACACACUUGGAGCUGUCACUACCCGAACUGGGACAGCACAGGGCAGACGUAUGCUCUCCCCCAACCCUUGGCAGAACACGGUGGCGGGUUCCAAGGAGAGGCCGUGGUCAGACGGCCUGUGCCAGGACCCCAGCCCUGCUUCACAGCUGUGUUAGGGGACAGAGAGGAGAGGUCGGUGGGAACAGGAGGUUAAGAGAGUGAUCCUGUAAACUGGCCCACGGUGCCGACUCCCACGUACUUUCUUUGCCAAAAAGCAAUUUACCUGCAUGCAGCCCUGGCUGGCCUCAGUGGACAAGGAUAUUCCUCAGCCAACUGCAGGAGAAAUGCAGGCCCCAAGUAAUGUUGAGAGGAACCCAGGUUACCCAGAACGGGGAGACCUUGGUGACCAGAUCCUGAAGCCCUGGGAGGUCAGGAGAGUUCCUCCCAACCAAGAAAUCUGUAAGCAUGGAUGGUUAAGGAUCCAAGUAGAACCGGUCAGCACGGGCCAAGGUGGGUGACCUAGAGUGGUCAUGGCAGAGGGGACUUGAGAGUCUGAUGUCAUCCUGCUGUCACUCACAAGUCAAGAGGUGGACCUGCUCAGGACUUGCUGGAAACUUGUCUGGGAUCCCCCAUAAAACUGGAGAGCCGGGGAAACACAGUGUCCCUCUGCUUUCUGAGAGGACCCACUGUCUCCCUUGAGAGUGUCCCCUUCCCUUGUCCUAUCCUUCCCACCGGGCAUUCCUGUUACCCCAAGCAACGUGUCUGGAAUCUUCCUGACUUGAUGGCACCAAUCGGGGUUUGAAGGGGGGGGGGGUCUUUGCACAGUCUCUGUUUCCUGGAAGUCACCAGCUCCGUAACAGCAGGGCAAACACGUCCCCCACCUCAGCCUCGGUUUCCUGAUCUCAAAGAUGGACUGAUAAUAUCGACCAGCUAAAGGUGGUGGGGUGUGGGCGCCUCUGCUUGUGCCCACAGUGGGCAGCUGUGAGCUGACGUCAUCCGGCAGCUGCUUGGACAGCGCUAGACCAUCCUUCCACCAGUCAUACCCGACCGCCUGGAUAAGGUGACCAACCCUGCCCGGAGCAGCAAGCCUGAGGAACCCUGGGUCGCCAAUCAUGAUCCCAAGUCACCCCUUCAGUCCUGCUCCCUGCGAUCACCUCUCAAACGGAUCCCCUGCCCCCAGACCUUUGUUUUCGUCUGUUUCCAAGGGAACCCAAACUGAGGAGAAUUAGAAAUCACAGUCAGCUUUAGGCCAUGUCAGAGGAGCAUGUCCCAAAGGCCCGGUGUGUCAUUAUCUGUCUGCAGUCCCAGGGUGGCAGGCGCUGGGAAACCUGGCUUUGAAGGGGUCUGUCUGGGGACCAGGCUGCUCCUAAGGGGUCGAUGUGCCUUCAGUAAGACCCCUGAAAACGGACCGAGUCCGCCUGUAGAUUGCUGUCGCCGAGCCGAGUUUUGUUCAGAAUGAAAACUCCCUGGAGGGACGUAAUUCAUCAGGCCAGUGCUCGGAUGCAGAGAGCGGUCCCUGCUGCCCCCGCUGCUCUGCAUGUCCUCCGUGCCAGGGGGACACCAGGAAAACAAGAAGCAUGCAGAAGGACACAGCGGUGGACGUCUCCAGGGCACCCGCUGUUGUUACAGGAUGUCCUGACGCUCACGCAGCUUUUACAUAAAUAGCUGUCGGCACGUGACCUUGCGUCAGACCGUCCCCGAGGUCUGCAACAGAUGUGUGCUGUGGGAGGAACACGGCUCCCGGGUGCUCCGAACACGAGAUGACCGUGGCGUUCCACGACAGAGCCGGAAGGGCUUCCUCCCAACAUCUCUGCAGACCCGGCCGGGGUCAAGGGCAUUUUAAAUUCAAGUGCUGAGGUGUGACUCAUUCUUGGCCCAGCUGUGCCUGGGCUCCCUACUGACCCAGAUGAAGAGCCCUGCAGGACAGCCAGGGACUCAGGGGUCAGGAGCCAGGAGAGCUCGCCACAGGGCAUCGCCGCCUGUGCAAGAGACCUUAAAAUAGAGCAAAGGACUUGGGAUCCUGAAACGCCCUCUCCGUCCUCUGCGGAUCCGGCUGAGAUGCUGCGUCUGCUGCAGAGGGUCUGGCCUGAGAUUCAGCCUGUGGAAUCAGCUCCCACUUCCGUGAAAUCAGAGAAGAGGGCUAAUUUCUCCAGACGCUACGGUGAUCUCUGUACUGAAAGAUGUUUAAUUAAAUCAACACAUUCUGAGAGACCUACUGAAGGGGACUGUCAGCACCCAGCCCCGUUAGCAAGAGGCUCGGGGGUGUUAGUCCUGACACGGCGGCCCCUGGGGAUGAGUUUGCCCAGUGCUUCUCAUUGUAGGGUUUGAGAAGCAAACAGAACAUGCGUACGACCCUGACCACGGCCUUGCAAAUGAUGCUCUACGGAGGAGCCUCGACCCGUCUAUAUUGAGGGACAUAUCGGAGUCGUUUUUAUAUUUGCAACAGCUGCUCUCAAGAGCGCUCCGGGGACACCCCAUCACUCCUGUUGGCUUCCCCAAAGGCCAAGUCUUCCUGAGCAGGUCUUUGAUCUCAUUCCGAAGCUCUCCAUCCCUUCUGGGGGUUAAGAGUCUCCCUUGAUCUUAAGGCUCACUUGAAAGCUUCAGUCUCAUAUCAACUUAAAGUCGUGGGUACCCUUACCCAGGGAGGGCCUGGGAGCAGAAGGCAGUGUCCCCGACCCUGGGGGAUGCGGAGCGACUCGCAACGCAGGCUCCUCCUCUGCCGCCCAGGGCUGGUGGCAGGCCCCUUGCCCGUCGUUGAUUCCGGGCUCUCUGUGUGCACGUCCCCGGCUCCUCCGAGGCCUGGCUGUUUGUGGAGGCUCAGAGCACGCCCACAGUUCUUCCGUCCCCUCCCCUUGGGUGACAGCCAGCCUUAGUGAUUCAUUUCCAGGGAACAGAACGUGGCAGCAGUUAUGCUGGGUGACUCCAGAUCUGCUCUGGAGAACGUGAUCCAAACACCACCUGGCUCUGUCUCUGGGGACACCGGCCCUGGGGACCAGCCACCGUGCUGGGAGGCAGCCAGGUGUGGGAAGACACGUGAGGUGGUUGAAGCCAUGGCUCCAGCGAGGGUCCCGGCCAACGCCCAGCAGACACAGGGGCGGGGGACCCGGGGCGGCUCUGCCAUGUCGCUGACUGCAGCCCUGACUCACCCAGCGAGGUGCAGGGCGAGCGGCUCACAUCCGUUACCAAGAGUCCGGUGGCUUGUCCCUGCUCUGUGGCCCUCUGGAAACCCCAGGGGGCAUGUCCCUGCCCAGGCCACCUGCUCAGCUCAGCGUGGGCUGCUCUUCUCCCAGCCCAGGCCCUGCCCUGCCCCCACCCAGGCUUCGAGGCUUCCUGCUGCCAAGAUCCCUCCGAGGAGAGCAUCCCACCGCCUGGCAGGCACCUGCCUCCCCUCCAUCUCCCAUCCCGUCUCCAUGCCCGGGAGCUUGUGCAGCUGGACAGCAGUGGCCCAAAGAGCCCCUGGCAAGGCAAAGGAAGGAUGGCCUUCUCUGUGGCGCUCUGAUAGGACACGACUCCCCGAACACAGACUUGUCAUCUGCCCCCAGUGGCAGAGCAGAGAGUGUCCCGGUGACAGAGGGGAUUCUGCCCAAGGCUCUGCCCACGGCCAGGCAGGGAGGCGGCGGUGUCCAUUCUUCCGCAGCUCCCAGAACUUGGACAGAGGAGCUCCUGGCCCCGUGGGUGGCACAGGUCCCUGGGGCUGGGCUCCGCCGGCCAGGGGAGCCAGCAGACUUGGGCUGUGCCAGGCCAGAGGCACAUGCUUUAGGUGUGACAGCCGCAGUCAGUGUCCGUGCACAGUGCUGCAGGACAGCUCCCCUGUCUGAGGGGCCAGGAGGGAGAUGAGGUCCAGAGCAUGAGAAGGAGGUGGCCAGGAGAAGAGGCAGGGGCCACACAUAACAGGCAGAGGGACGGCACAUACCAGGGAAGUCACAGCAUCACCAGAGAGGGUCAGCCACAGAGACCAGCCCCCAGCGCCCGCCCGUCACCUUGGACUUUCCCGCCCUCAAGCCCAAGCCGGCCAGCAUCUCCCGUCACACACAGGUCUGCACCCCUCGGUCACAGAGUGUAGAAACUUUUUGACUCUUUGCCAAUAUGAGAGAGUCGAGGGACUUCCAGCAAAAUCUGGACUCGGUUAGCAGGGAUCACAGCCUCGUCCGGCUGAAAGGUGAUUGAUGGGUCCCACGGCCGGUUUUUAGGACAGUAAUGACCGGAUCCUCCUCCUCCUCCUCGUCAUCACUGAAUGCUUGUUGUGAACAGGCGAGGAGCCCAGGGUUCGUUGUCCCCACGUGUUAGACUUGGGGUCUGGCACAAGGAAGCCGGGCACAGGAGCCAGAGAUGGCCGCCCAGGGUGCGGCCGGCACCUGGGUCCCCUUCCUGCCCGUAACACUUGGCUUGGAGUUGCUGGUGGCUGCCACCUGAGAGGGGGCACAUGCUCCCGUUCUUGUCCCCGUCACUCCCGAUGCCUGUCCCAGGUCUAAUUCACUCACUGACAUGAUCCCUCCUGAGUUUGAGACCUUCUGUCCCAGGCAAAUCCCGUCCCAAGAAAAACAGGGUCAGGAAAGUGAGGAAGAGUAGUUCAUGGCGACCAGGCUCCAGACUGCUCUGCGGUGUGGUCGAGGUGGACGAUGCUUUCCUACAAGAUCUGGUCACCUGAGCCACACCAGGGGGACCCCCACUCAUGCACCCCACCUUCGAGGGCCUUCCAGACCCCAAGGGGGAAAGGGGCUUUCCCCUCCCUCCACCAAGGGUCUCCUCUCCAGAACAUCUACGUGGGGGCUGUUCUCUAGGAUACAGUGUUUGAAAGUGUAUCCCAAAGAGCCCCAGCUCCUCAAGACAUUAAAGUAGGUUUCUAGAACAUU